UGCUGCCGUGCGCCGCCUCCGCCUUUAUAGCCACCGAUAUGCAAAUCGCCCGAGCCGGGCAGCCAAUAGCCGCCUCACCCUCGCGCCGCUCCUCCGCCAGCGUCAGACAAUCCCUUUAAUGUGGAAAGGACUUAGAGAGGGGAAAACAAAAACGGAAAAUUAGGGAAUCUUUCCUUUGUUUCUUUAGCUCCUUUUGCUCUUUCCUCCCCUUUCCUGUCAGCACGCUGCAUGUCAGGGCUCCGGGAGUAACGAAGAGCGGCUGGGCUUUGUUACUGUGCGCCCUCUGCCCGCAACCGGGUGCCGGCUGCAGGAACUAAGGCUCAAACGUGCGGGGGUUGCGCCCCAGGGGCGCUGGGUUCCCGGCACUUCCCCCACCCCGACCCGCGCUGUGCGCGUUUUGCAAACUCGCAGUCCGAUCCCUACGGACCUGCUCUGAGGAGCGAAGCUCUGCUCGCCGCUUCUUGUUGCUUCCCACGGCGCCCCAGAAUCACCAGCCUCUCGGUGAAGCAGCCCGAAGGAUAAGGGAAAAUUGAUUUUAUUCAAAUUUGUGUACGCAAUUGUGUUUCGCUCGUGUGAGCCCCGGUGAUCAGAGCUGCCACUUGCUUUCAGAGAAGAGCCCUACGGGCCGCUCUGGGAAGCAACACUCGUCCCGUUCCAAAAGAACAAAAUCACAGCAUGACGUUGAAACCUGGCACGAACCUGGGGGAACUUAACCAUCUGCCUACGGAAGUGUGGAGCUUCGCCACCGCCUCGCUCUGGGCUGGGCGAGCCCUGGGGCUGGUCAGGCACCGUGUUGCCCCCACAGAGCCUGAUGGAGUGUCCUGGAGGCAGCUGAAGGAGUGACAGAUCGGCGUGUUACAGAGUGGGGCCAUUUGAGGCAGCCAGGAAGGUGGGACACACUCGGGCUGCCUGCCUUGCACUGACGAAAUGCACAAAGGGAGAGGAGAGUGGAAGACAAAGCCUACACAUGGAGCUGCCACAAGAAGUCUUUCAGCUACUGAGCAGCUAGGAUCCCCGGGGCAAGGAUGGCAGAGCAACUUCCCAAGGCUGGCUGGCCGAGACAGAUCGUUUUCCAAUUUCACGGGCUCUGUGGAUGACCGCGGCACCUGCCAGUGCUCCGUGUCCCUGCCAGACAAGGUCUUUCCCGUGGAAAGAGUGGAACGCUUGGAAUUCACAGCUCACAUCCUUUCCGAGAAGUUCGAGAAAGAGCUUUCUAAAGUGAAGGAAUAUGUCCAAUUAAUCAGUGUAUAUGAAAAGAAACUCUUCAACCUAACUGUCCGGAUUGAGAUCAUGGAAAAGGAUACUAUUUCUUACACUGAACUUGACUUUGAGCUGAUCAAGAUGGAAAUAAAGGAGAUGGAGAAACUGAUCAUACAGCUGAAGGAGAGUUUUGUGGGAAGCACACACAUUGUUGACCAGCUGGAAGUGGAGAUAAGGAAUAUGACUCUCCUGGUGGAGAAGCUCGAGACGCUAGAUGCAAACAAUGUCCUUGCCAUUCGCCGAGAAAUCUUGGCUCUGAAGAAGAAGCUGAAGGAAUGUGAGGCCUCGAGAGAUGAAAACCUUCAUGCCACUGUCCCUCCCCCUGCUCCAGGGAGCUGUGGUCACGGUGGUGUAUUGAACAUCAGCAAACCAUCUAUAGUUCAGCUCAACUGGCAAGGGUUUUCCUAUAAGUUUGGUGCCUGGGGUCGGGAUUAUUCUCCCCAGCACCCAGACCAAGGACUGUAUUGGGUGGCACCUUUAAAUACAGAUGCGAGAGUGUUGGAAUACUACAGAAUCUAUAACACACUGGAUGAUUUGCUACUGUAUAAACAUGCACGACAGUCUCGGAUUGCUUAUGGCCAAGGCAGUGGUACAGCUGUUUACAACAACAACAUGUAUGUCAACUGGUACAACACCGGAAACAUUGCCAGAGUUAACCUGACCACCAAUACAGUUGCUGUGACUCAAAAUCUCCCUGGUGCUGCUUAUAAUAACCGUUUUUCAUACGCUAAUGUUGCUUGGCAAGAUAUUGACAUUGCUGUGGAUGAGCAUGGAUUGUGGGUGAUUUAUUCAACUGAAGCCAGUACUGGUAACAUGGUGAUUAGCAAACUCAAUGACACCACACUUCAGGUGCUAAAUACUUGGUCUACCAAGCAGUAUAAACCAUCUGUUUCUAAUGCCUUCAUGGUUUGUGGGGUUCUAUAUGCCACCCGUACUCUGAACACCAGAGCCGAAGAGAUUUUUUACUACUAUGACACAAACACAGAAAAAGAGGGCCAGCUUCAGAUUCCAAUGCAUAAGGUACAGGAAAGAGUGCAGAGCAUUAACUAUCACCCUUUUGAGCAAAAACUUUUCGUUUAUAAUGAUGGUUACCUCCUGACUUAUGAUCUUAUUUUCUUACAAGAACCCCAGAAAACUGUUUAGGUGUUAGAGUGAAGGAGAUCAAAAUAUUUGUUAAAAGUAGUCUUUACCUAGUUAGCUAUUUGCAGGGAGAUCUAGAAAUGUGAUUGGUUAGUGGUAAUUGGGUGCAUGGUUCUGCAAUACUAGGGACCUAUGACGUUUGCUCUGACUUGGUGAGUUCUUUUGGGAGCAUCUGUCUAUUGGGAUCUAUUUUCCAGCUAAAAUAAGGUUUUUCCAGGAUGGAAUCUCAGAGUUUUAGGGAGCAUUAUGGGUUCAGUGAAGCCUAUGGUGCAGUGACGUUUGAGAAAGAAGCAACACAAAGAGCACUUAGUAAGGUUCUGGGGUCCUCUGUGCAGGAGGGAGUGCUCAAGGGCUGCUCUUCAUCUAGACAGCCCCAGUAAUUCUUCCAAGCCAGAAAGGACCCUGGGGCUUAAUAAGGCAGACUAAUUUCAAAGCUCCCUGAAGGACCAAAUUUCUAACUUUUUUUUUUUCCAGUAGCACGUAGAAUGAUGCUUUGUAUUUAGAACGUAGGUAAAUCUGUGAAGUGCUCUGAGUUUUCUGGAGAAAGGGCUUUUGAUGCACUAAAUUGUGUAUCGCACAUAAAUCCCAGAAGGAUCUGCAGAUGAGGAACUUAACUUUCCUUUCUCAUUGUGUACCAGCAUAAGAGUCAGUAGAACCCUCUACCUCAUCACUUCAUUCCAAAGGCAGCUCAGAAGGUUAGAAUCAGAAUUGCCAACCAAUUUCCCCCACCUCCUCUCUACUGUUUGUUAUAAAAAUUUCACCAUUUUUCUACAGAAAAAUAUAAGAAAGCUUUCUUUUGUCUCAUCAUGUACUUCUAUUUAGAGGGCUCUAACAACUGAAAGAAAACCAAAUGGCAGUGAUAAAAUGUUAGCAUCUGUGAUUAUAUAAUAAAGACCCUGGAGCAUAUGUGACACUUGCAUUAAGUCACAUCAGUUGUUUCAUGUAAUUUUUGUCUUUCUUUAAGUCUGGAACUUGUGAGAAAAUGAAAUUUUAAUUUUAUUUUGUAUGGAAGAGAUGUUGGAAAGCUGUUGAAACUCUCUAGUAAAUUGGUGCAGGUUGAAACCCUUGCAGGUCUCUGUGUCAAAAGAUGGCUUUAUCAUCUGAUCUUGGUCUGUUUUACAUUGAUGCUCAAGUGCUAGUCUAUAGGAUUGGUUUCUUAUAUGCUAUACUGUCCCCCUUUUAAUAAAUGAUUAAAAUUAAAA